CGUCCGUCGGUCCGUCAGUCCGUGCGUCCGGCGGGGAAGGGCGACCGGGGCCGGGCCGCCCUCCGCGGGCUCGGGAGCCGCCACUGCAGCUUUUGCUGGAUCUCAACAAUUUGCCAAGGGUGGUGUGUGGCCAGUCAUUUAACGUGCAGAAGAGUGCUUACGUGAGCCGGUACCAGAGGCAACACAGCAAAGAAGACCGGAUGCAGAUCUAAGGAAUUAACUUGCUAAGACUUUGAGCUGAAGUCUUAGCGAUUGAGGCGCUCAAGUUUGUAUCCGUAGACUCUCAGCGCUGUUUGCAGUGGCUUUUUGUAGGAACAGCUUGACUGUAGGAUGCCGGCUACUUAAGCUCACUCUUGGACAGGAUGGAAGAGCAGGGACUGCGAUGCCCAGGCUCUGCCUCUGAGAAACGCUACUUCCCCGAGUCCCUGGAUUCCAGUGAUGGGGAUGAGGAGGGGGUUUUGGCUUGUGAGGAUUUGGAACUUAACCCUUUUGAUGGACUGCCAUAUUCGUCGCGUUAUUACAAACUUCUAAAAGAGAGGGAAGAUCUUCCAAUAUGGAAAGAGAAAUACUCCUUUAUGGAGAAUCUGCUUCAGAAUCAAAUUGUGAUCGUUUCAGGAGAUGCCAGAUGUGGCAAGAGCUCUCAGGUUCCUCAGUGGUGCGCCGAGUACUGCCUCUCCAUCCACUACCAGCACGGGGGUGUGGUGUGCACACAGGUCCACAAGCCCACAGCGGUGCAGCUCGCCCUCCGCGUGGCAGACGAGAUGGAUGUGAACAUUGGCCAUGAAGUUGGCUACGUGAUCCCCUUUGAAAACUGCUGCACCAGCGAAACCAUCCUGAGGUAUUGUACGGAUGACAUGUUACAGAGAGAGAUGAUGUCCAGCCCUUUUUUGGGCAGCUACGGGGUCAUCAUCUUGGACGACGUCCAUGAAAGAAGCAUCGCCACUGACGUGUUACUCGGACUUCUGAAGGAUGUUUUACUGGCGCGCCCGGAACUGAAGCUCAUAAUUAACUCCUCGCCACACUUGAUCAGCAAACUCAGCUCUUACUACGGAAAUGUGCCUCUCGUCGAAGUGAGGAAGCAGCACCCUGUGGAGGUUGUGUACCUGAGCGGGGCUCAGAAGGAGUCUUUUGAGUCUAUUUUACGCCUUAUCUUUGAAAUUCACCAGUCCGGUGAGAAGGGGGACAUUGUAGUCUUUCUGGCCUGUGAACACGAUAUUGAGAAAGCCUAUGAAAUCGUCUGUCAGGAAGGAUCUAACUUAAACCCAGAUCUUGGAGAGCUGGUGGUCAUUCCUUUGUAUCCAAAAGAGAAAUGUGCAUUGUUCAAGCCAAAUGAUGAAACAGAAAAAAGAUGCCAAGUUUAUCAGAGGAGAGUGGUGUUAACUGCUAGCUCUGGAGAGUCUUUGAUCUGGAGCAACACAGUCAAAUUUGUUAUUGAUGUGGGUGUGGAAAGGAGAAAGGUGUACAACCCUAGAAUAAGAGCAGACUCACUCAUCACACAGCCCAUCAGCCAAAGCCAAGCGGAGAUACGCAAGCAGAUUCUCGGUUCGUCGUCUUCAGGAAAACUCUUCUGUCUGUACUCUGAGGAAUUUGCUUCCAAAGACAUGCGGCCACUGAAGCCAGUGGAAAUGCAGGAAGCCAACCUCACCAGCAUGGUGCUCUUCCUGAAGAGGAUAGACAUCGCGGGCUUGGGCCACUGCGACUUCAUGAAUAGGCCAGCCCCGGAAAGUCUGAUGCAGGCUCUGGAAGACUUGGAUUACCUGGCCGCACUGGACAAUGAUGGGAAUCUCUCGGAGUUUGGGAUCAUCAUGUCGGAGUUUCCUCUUGACCCACAACUCUCAAAGUCUAUCCUCGCAUCCUGCGAAUUUGACUGUGUGGAGGAGAUGCUGACAAUCGCGGCCAUGGUGACAGCUCCCAACUGCUUCUCGAAUCUGCCACAUGGAGCUGAGGAGGCUGCCUUGACUUGUUGGAAGACGUUUUUACAUCCCGAAGGAGAUCACUUCACCCUCAUCAACAUUUACAAGGCCUACCAAGACAUAGCUCUGAACUCUGCCAGUGAAAACUGUGUUGAAAAGUGGUGUCAUGAUUACUUCCUCAACUGCUGUGCUCUCAGGAUGGCAGACAUUAUCCGAGCUGAACUCUUAGAAAUUGUCAAGCGAAUUGAGCUCCCCUGUGCAGAACCUGCUUUUGGCUCAAAGGAAAACGCUCUGAACAUAAAGAAGGCUCUCCUGUCCGGUUACUUCAUGCAGAUUGCGCGGGAUGUGGACGGGUCCGGUAACUACUUAAUGCUAACACAUAAGCAAGUUGCUCAGCUGCAUCCCCUGUCCGGUUACUCCAUCACCAAGAAAAUGCCAGAGUGGGUUCUCUUCCACAAGUUCAGCAUAUCUGAGAACAACUACAUCAGGAUUACCUCAGAAAUCUCUCCUGAACUAUUUAUGCAGCUGGUGCCACCAUACUAUUUCAGUAACCUGCCUCCUAGCGAAAGUAAGGAUAUUCUCCAUCAAGUAAUGGAUCACCUUUCACCUCUAUCAACAAUGAAAAAAGAACAGAAAAUGUGUGAGAAGUGCCCUGAGACUACUGAGCAGAGAUGCACCAUCCAGUAACUCUUCAGAAUCUUUACAGAAAGCAAGAUGUGCAAUAAGUACCGCCCCAACCCCGCCGGCCUGAGCGUAGCUCCGCUGGAGGUGCAGACGUUUAACUUGAACAAGGAGAACACACCCCACAUGAGAGUCUUGAAAAAAAUAACACUUUGUAUAUUAUUUAAAAAUAAAAAAAUAGAAGUUUUUAUUGAGUUCUUUUAAAUUAUGACUCCACAUUUUCCUUCUUAUUGGAAAAGCUUUUAAUCAGCUAUUCAUAAUUUGACCAAAUUUUUUUAAAAAGCUAUUUUGUAAAUGGGUCACAGACAUAGGUAACAGAGCCCUACUUUUUUGUAAGGGACCUUACUCUGAAUAAAGUCACGAGUUUUUCAGUAAA